AGGCGCGGCCGGGCCCUCAGUGUUAUCGGCUCCGGCUUAACAUUUACACUCGGCUUGUGUUUGCGUCAGAGUGAAGAUGAUGGAAGAGAGCGGCAUAGAGAGCACCCCACCAACCACCCCUCCACCACCCCCACCCACCACAGCACCCGCCAGCGGUGUCUCCGGUCCUCAGACUUCCCCCGGCGUCUCAGCUUUUGCCCCGGGAGGUUUCUCCAGCCCUGUUCCCCCAGUGGCUUUGACCUCCAUGCAGUCUUCUGCUCCUCCUCUUUCUCUGAGCAGCCCGUACGGUGGCCCCGUCCUCUCGGCCCCGCCCAUGGGCCCGCCCAGCACCGGCUUCUCUGUGAGUGCAGGAUAUGACAUCACCCGCGGCCACGCGGGCCGCACCCCUCAGACGCCACUGAUGCCCAGCUUCUCCAGCGCCUCACCCAUGCCAGCAGGGAUCAUCACCAAUCCCAUGAUGCAGCAGCCGGUGUCUGGAGGGUUAGAUGUCAGCUCGCCCAUCACGUUUCCUGAGGACACUGAAGACCCCAGAGUGGCUGCGGACGACAGCGCACCCGGUGGAUUAUGGGGCUUCAUCAAGGGUGUAGCCGGGAACCCCAUGGUCAAGACCGUCCUGGAUAAAACCAAACACUCUGUGGAGUCCAUGAUAACCACACUGGACCCUGGGAUGGCACCGUACAUCAAGUCUGGAGGAGACAUGGACGUGGUUGUGACGUCAGAUAAGGAGGUGAAGGUGGCCGCGGUGCGGGACGCGUUUCAGGAGGUGUUUGGUUUGGCCAUGGUGACGGGAGAGGCCGGUCAGUCCAACAUCGCCCCGCAGCCAAUGGGAUACGCCGCAGGGGUCAAGGGAGCUCAGGAGCGCAUCGACAGUCUGCGGCGUGCCGCUGUCAUUCAUGAGAAGCAGCCCGUGGUCUCUGUGGAAAACUUCAUCGCAGAACUCUUCCCAGACAAGUGGUUUGACAUCGGCUGUCUGAUCCUGGAUGAUCCAGGGAACGGGAUUCACCUGGAGACGUUCACUCAGGCCACACCUGUGGCCCUGGAGCAUGUGCAGCAGGCGCAGGCACUGACUCCUCCAGACUAUAACCUGCGCUGGUCCGGUCUGCUGGUGACGGUCGGGGAGGUUCUGGAGAGAAGCGUGCCCAACGUCAGCCGCACAGACUGGCACCAGGCCUUCACUGGCAUGUCCCGCCGGCAGAUGAUCUACUCCGCCGCCAAGGCUCUGGCUGGCAUGUACAAACAGCGCUUGCCCUCCAGAACAGUGUGAGCAUCUUACGCCGUCACGUGACACGGACCACAGCUUCCCAGAAUCACACGGGAAUCCACAUCUCAUCCACAGAUGUCCUGUGUUCUCAGUCACGUCCCAUAACAAGACUGAGCCCACUCUAAACGCCAAAACAAAUAGAACCGUUACAGGGCAGAAUAACUAAUAUCUAACUUUUAAAUUAUUGAUUGAAUUGAAUAUCAUGUCCUUGAUAUUAUAUUUGAGUUGGAUUGAUAUUAAUAAUUGACAAAGGUCCCAGUCUCCACGAUGGAAUUUGAUGGGAAUGAAACCACGAUUGCAUCUGAUGUCCUACAGCAAGACCGUUUGCGCUUCUUCAAAUGAUCAGAUCUCACCAAGGAAAAGAUGAUUCUUAAAUUCAUAACGCUUGUGUUUACAUUUACAAUCAAAUACUUUGACUUGCAGAUUUUUAAAUUGAAUUGUUGAAGUUCAUAUCAAUAUUGUGAAUGUAUAAUUUUGAUGCUACGGUUUUGGAUCUUAUUUUAUAGCGUUUUCUUUUCAGCCUAAUCAGCAAACAUUGUUACAGCAUUGUGUUGGUCUGCAUGUCCGUUUCUUUUUCAACUCAGUCCAUGCUAGUCAGCGUUCACAGAUGUAAUCAGAUCACCAGCUCUGCUGUUACUGUAGAUGUUACAGUCAGAAAUACUGCAGAUGGGUGUUAGCGAUGAUGUGCAGCAGGAUCAUUGGCUGCCGGAGCAUGACCUCUGAUGUGUAGCACAUGCUGUGUGUUUGCUCUCGUGGACUGAAAGAGUUGAGGACAAAUCUAGAACUGCCUUUAAAAGUGUCUUUAUAUGUUUGUAAG